CAUGCUUUAUCCUAGCUCAGAAAGCGCCGUUGAGUUACGAUCUUAUAACAGUACAACAUAACAGCCAUGAACAAGCCUCGCGCUAGCGAAUCCGACGCGAAAGCGAGUUGACAUUUCAGUGAAAUAUUUGCGGUCAAAGAUGUGAUUACUAGCGAGCUGAUAGGGAACUUGCCUGGAGGCUGACAGCUUGAUAGUCAUUUGGUUAUUGACCGCGAGGAGCGUCUGAAUAAAACCAACAACAACUGUCCAAAGACUCUCGCGCCGCAUUAGUCAUCGUGUUUGAGACACACACACACACACACACACACACACACAUAAUGUCAUCCACACAAACCGACAGAUCAUUACGCAUAUUUAUGAACGCGGUCUGCUGGUCAUCCUUUAAAAGCGUCGGGUCCCGCGCACCGUGCCAACCCAUUCACGGUGAUACCGCUAUGAAAGAACCGAGCAUUACUAUGCCCAGUGUGUAUGCGAGCAUGUGUGUGUGCCUACUCUGGACGUGUCACGUCUCAGCCUUUGCAGAGCAGGUUGCAGUAGCCGCUCUGUCACACAGGCGGCCGCGGAGGGACCUCCCGGACAUGGUAACGGUCAUGUCGAAGCUGCGCGAGGUAGCGCAGGUGGAGAGGUCCCGUCAGAGAGUCCGUUAUCACCGAAAAGCUCCUCAGUUCAUGUUGGACCUGUUUGACGCGCUGACCGACUCCAACAGCACUUCGCGCUACGCGCCGCUGUUGGAGGGGAACGCGGUGCGGAGUUUCCCGGAUAAAGGGAACUCCACGACAGGGCAACCGGAUGAAGCGUUUCAUUACUUUCAAGUGAAGUCGUUGGGUGCGGAUGAGAAAGUUAUACGAGCAGAAUUUCGAUGGUACCGGAGAAACCAGUCGUCCCUGCUGGACACUUCGUACAGACAUCACCUCUACAAGGUGGACCUGUACGAGGUGCUGGACAGCAGAGUGCACCCGUGGAGAGGGAACCUCAUCACAUCGCGCCUCCUGCCCGCGUACACACAAGGCUGGGAAGUCUUCAACGUCACACAGACGGUGUCUAAGUGGGUCCAGAACAGCGCCACCAACAACGGGCUACUCCUGGUCAAGAGCCUGGCGUCGGGCCGCUGGGUGGAGUCCUCACCAGCAGCACGCGGGCCUGGCGGAGCAGACGUGUCAGCCUACCUGGUGGUGUUCUCUGAUGACGGGAUAAGAGCCUCAAUUUCUGACAGUUCGUCUCAUGCCCACAUGCUUGGUGGUGCUGAAGUGAGAUCUCCGCAGAAUGUCUCGCAGCAGCAGGAGAGGAGACGGAGGAGCGUGCGGAGGAGCGCGCGCGGAGUCCAGUUGGCCGCGUGUCACAGGAGACCCCUCUACGUGGACUUCCAGAGGAUCGGCUGGUCGUCGUGGAUCAUAUCGCCACGGGGAUACAACGCCUACCACUGCCAGGGCUCGUGUCCGUUCCCACUCAGCGAAAGUCUGCGCGCCUCCAACCACGCGGCGGUGCUGUCCAUCGUGCAUGCGCUGCACCUGUCCGGCGAUGCGGACGGCCCCUGCUGCGUGCCGGACAGCCUGAGCUCCAUCAGCCUGCUCUACUUCGACGACGAGGAGAACGUGGUGCUGAAACAGUACCAGGACAUGAUCGCAGCCAGCUGUGGCUGCCAUUAGUCUCCUACGAAAUCACCCCCCACACACACACACACCCACACACACACA